AUAUAAACGCGAGCGAGCGCGCCUGUUUCAAGUAUUUGAAUUGAGCUAACGAAGCGUUCACACUGCGAGUUUCGAGUGACUUAAAAGUUUCAAAGUUUUGAACUUCGAGGUUUAUUUUCGUGUUUGAGUGAUCAGUAAAUUAGAAGAAAAAUGUCUCUCCUACCAUACGUCUUCGGGUACAACUGGCCACGCUACCGUCCACGCCGUCUUCUAGACCAAGAUUUCGGUCUAGCCAUCACUCCAGACGACAUGUUAACAGUUGCCGCCGUUCCUAUGAUCUCCGAAAACUACUUGCGACCGUGGCAACAGCUGGCGAACGUUGCACGCGAAGUUGGAUCCAAUAUCAAGGCAGAUAAGGACAAAUUUCAAGUGAAUUUGGAUGUUCAACAUUUCGCUCCUGAAGAAAUAAGCGUGAAGACAGCCGACGGUUAUAUUAUUGUGGAAGGAAACCAUGAAGAGAAGAAGGAUGAACAUGGAUAUAUUUCUAGAAAAUUCGUACGCAGAUACGCUCUUCCCGAUGGCUGCAACCCUGAAACAGUUCAAUCUAAGCUUUCCUCCGAUGGUGUUUUGACUGUGAUCGCGCCAAGAAAACCAUCCGCUAUCAAAAAUGAAAGACCCAUUCCGAUCCAGCAAACAGGCCCCGUUCACAAGGAAAUCAAAGAAGACACAAUAGCACAAAAGAAGUAAUUUUUUUUUUGUUUUUUUUUUUUUUAAUUUAAUUCACUGCCGCUAUGAAACUUAUGAGACUGAUUGUUGUAUUUUUAAGUUUUACUGCUAAAUAAACUUAAUUUAAGUUCCUGAAAUA